UAAAUGUUUGUGGGCUGUGGGGAUUUGGUAAUGUGGCCAAUGGCCUUAACUUGUUGGUAAGAUGUGUGCAUUUUCUGAGAAAUGUGUGUGAAGACGCGUUUUCUGGAGACGUGCCAUGACAAGUGGGUUGCAGUAAGAAGCUGACUUGCAUUCGAAGCUCCGACGACCUGCAAGUGACUGGAGAUGGGGGAAGAAGAGGCGGCCAAUCCGCCGGCCUCGGCGUCAGCUUCGGCGGAGGACAUCGAUCCGCGCCUCGAGUUCAUCUCCGACUACAUCAGCAAGAGCCUGCGCAUCAAGCUGGAGAAGUGGCAGAAGAUGAUGGGCACCACCGACAUGCGCGCCGUGGUGAUGGACUUCUGCGACAAGGCGGACUCCGCCGAGCUGCUGGUCAUUACGCAGAAUAAUGCCGGCGCGCUGAUUCCGGGCACGGAAUUCCCGGCCAACCCGAAGGCUAAGAGUAUCUAUUUCCUGAAGCGCGAGAAGAAGCCGCUGCCGAAGAAGGAGGUCCACGAGGCGCUCGUGUUCGGAGACCUGUCCAACAGUCCCCUGGAGCAGCUCUCCGUGCUCGUGGAGAACGUACUGGUGCCGCUGCUGACGAAUCCCGAGAACCAGAAGGGCUGGCCAAAGGUGGUGUCUCAAGAUGUGGAGAAGCAUAUUCAUGAGCUGAAGGGGACUAUCUACAGAAUGGUGGGACAGAUCAAGGGGAAGACGCUGCUGCCGAUGCCGAUCAAUAGGGACCACGUAGCCGAGGCCGAGAGGAAAGCGCUCGAAAAUGGCGAGCUGGUGGACGUGGUGCUGAAAGGCUCCAUCGAGUCGAUGGCCAUCAAGUGGAACGCCCAGGUGGACGAGGUGCUGAAACGGGACUCGUCGGCCGCCCUGGUCGGCGGACAGAGUCCCGGGCCCAUGGUCGAGGUGCAGUUCUGGAACAGCCGCGCCGAGAAUCUGGAGUGCAUCUACGACCAGAUGAAGGACGGGGACGUCAAGAAGAUGGCCAUCAUCCUGGAGCAGUCGCGCUCCGCCUACUUCCCCGCCUUCAAGGCCAUGUUCCGCAACGUGGUGGCAGCGCUGAACGAGGCACAGGACAUCUGCCUGCACCUGCGGCCGCUGGUGACGCAGAUCGAGGCGGUGGAGUCCGCCGACCUGACGGACGUGGACGUGCUGCUGCGGCCGCUCAUCCACACCGUCUGCCUCGUCUGGGCCAACUCGCGCUACUACAGCACGCCCGGCCGCAUCAUCGUGCUGCUCCAGGAGAUCUGCAACAUGAUCAUACACACGUCCCGCACGUUUCUGGACCCGGGCUCCAUAUUCCAAGCCGAGGCGGAGGAGGCCGUGCAGAAUGUGUACACCACACUGCGAAUGUUGAAGCUGUUCAGACACGUCUAUGAAGAGUACAAGGAGAAGCUGCCCAAGUUCUUCCCGUCGGCAGAGCUGGUCAAGCUGUGGGAGUUCCAGCCGGAGCUGGUGUUCUCCAGGUUUAAUCGGUUCUUCAAGCGUCUGGAGACCAUCAAGGAGUUUUUCGAGUCGUCGCUGGAGUUUCUGAAGCUGGAGAAGGUUGAGAUCGGCGGCAUCCGGGGCAAGGCGCUCAGUUCCGAGGUCCUGGUCGUGUUCAACCAGUUCAACGAGUAUUACGCCCACUUUGCGGGACAGACGUACGACAGCCUGGACCCGGACGACGAGUCGUUCGUCGCCGACUACGAGACGUUCACCGGCCACAUCCUGGACCUGGACCGGCGGCUGGCCACCUGCGUCUGCCAGGCGUUCGACGACUGCGUGUGCAGCGAGUCGGCCUUCAAGUUGAUCACCAUGUGCGGCACUCUUCUGGAGCGGUCCGUUAUCAAAGAGGACUUCGAGCCCAAGUACAAUCAGCUGCUGCAGAUGAUUCACGCCGAGUUGGACGAGGCCAAGGUGGUGUACGACCGCCAGAUGGCGCUGGCCGAGGCCGGCUCCCUCCAGCUGGGGCAGAACAUGCCCGCCGUGGCCGGCACGCUCAAGUGGAUAGCCGAGCUGCGCGGACGCGUGCAGGGCACCAUGGACAACUUCCGCGGCCUGGAGCACCCGGUGGUGGAAUGUGACUCGGCCAAAAACCUGUACGACAAGUACGACGAUCUGAUGACGCUGCUGCUCGAACGGGAGAAGACGGUGUAUGACGAGUGGCAGGGCGGCGUGACAAGUCAGAUCCAGGAGAAGCUGAAGCUGCCGCUCAUCACGCGCACGCACAAGGCCGUGCACACCAACUUUGACCCGCAGCUGGUGAGCAUCCUGAGGGAGGUCAAGUACCUACGGCAGCUGAACCGCGACGACGUACCCGGCGACGCCGGCCAGAUGGACGACAACUCGGAGAUGUACCGCCAGUAUACCUCCAACCUGGAGCUCAUCUGCACCUCUUACAAUGGCCUUCGUCAAAACACCCAGCCCGUGGAGUUCAAGCUGAUCGAGAGCCAGAUGAAGGAGAUCGACCAGCGACUAGCAAGAGCUGAAACCGAUCUGUGCUGGACCAGUCCUGAUGCUUGGGAGUACAUCAAGGGAACUCGUGACCUUGUGAUGGAUCUCUCUGAACGCGUUUCCAAGUCUCAGAAGAACAUCCAGAUUAUAAGGGAUAUGCUGUUGGUGUUUGCCUCUAAGCCUCUAUUUGAGAGAAAGGAGGAUCGGACCAACACGCUGCUAAAUCUGGAGGAAAAGGAAGAGAAGCUGAAGAAAACGUACGCGGCCAUCACGAAGUCGGGCGAAAAGAUCCAUCGCCUGGUGCGGGAGAACAAGAUACACCUGAAGGCAGACGGGAAGUCGCGCGCCUGGCGCCACUACGUGCACUUUGUAGACGGCAUCGUGGUGCAGGAGUUCGUGAGGGUGGUGCAGUGCAGCCUCGGCUACCUGCUGGACAACACCGACCCGCGCGUCAACACCCAGCCGCUGAUGGAGGCGCGUCUCGAGCUCAUCGAGCCGGACGUGCUGUUCAAGCCCUCGCUCGACUAUCAGGAGGAAGGCGGCUUUCUGGACAUCACGGAGGGUGUUGUGUCCGACAUAUUCAACAUGUCCACCCUGAUGAAGAAGCUGUCGAGGAAGGUGCACCAGAAGUCGUACCUGGAGGAGCUGGACGAGACGGAACAGCUGAGCCUGAUGCGCAACGCUCUGAUGAACAACAUCCACUCCGUCAUCAGCCAGGCUCAAGAGUACAGGUCUUCGCUGGACCAGCACAGCUACCUGUGGACGGACGACCGCAACGAAUUUAUGGCCCAGUUCCUCAGGUACGGCCACCAGAUCACGCCCGAGGAGAUCGAGCAGUUCGGCGAGGACGGCAUUCCCGAGUCGCCGCCGACGCUCGACCAGUACAAGGAGCAGAUCGACAGCUACGAGAAGCUGUACGUCGAGAUGGAGCGGGUGAAGCCCGUGGUCACGUUCGACACCUGGUUCCGGCUCGACUGCAAGCCGUUCAAGGCGGCGCUGCUCAACACCAUCAAGCGCUGGAGUCUGCUCUUCAAGCAGUACCUGAUCGACCACGUCACUAACAGCCUGCAGGACCUGGCAGACUUCAUCCACGCGAAAGACGCGGGGCUGGUGAAUCAAGUGCAGGAGGGUGACUACCAGGGCCUGGUCACCAUGAUGGCCCACCUGCUGGCCGUCAAGGAGCGGCAAGACGUCACCGACAACAUGUUCGAGCCGCUGAAGCAGACCAUUGAGCUGCUGAAGACGUACGACGUCGAGAUGUCUGAGGAGAUCCAUCUUCAGCUGCAGGAGCUGCCGGAGAAGUGGAAGAACACGGUGAAGCUGAGCAUCCAGGCCAAGCAGCAGGUGGCGCCGCUGCAGGCCAACGAGGUGGCCAACGUGCGUCGAAGCAUCUCCAACUUCGAGCUGAAGCAGCACGACUACCGCGAGACGUUCCGCAAGCUGCUCGUGUUCAGCUACGACUGCACGACCCCGUACGAGAUUCUGGACAACACGCACCUGGUGAUCAACGCCAUGGAGGCGGAGCUCGCCAAGAUCACCGCGUCUGCCGCCCUGUUCGAGGUCCAGAUGCCCGACUUCAAGCAGCUCAAGAUGUGCCGCAAGGAAGUCCGGCUCGCCAAGCAUCUGUGGGAUCAAGUGAACAUUGUCCUCGCCUGUAUCGAUGACUGGAAAAAGACGCCUUGGAAGGACAUCAACGUUGAGAACAUGGACAUCGAGUGCAAGAAGUUCUCAAAGGACGUCAGAGGCAUGGACAAGGAGGUGCGGGCGUGGGACACGUACACCCAGCUGGAGGCGACGGUGAAGAACAUGCUGACGUCGCUGAAGGCCGUGUCCGAGCUGCAGAACCCGGCCAUCCGCACCCGGCACUGGAAGCAGCUGAUGGUGGCCACCAAGGUGAAGUUCGUCAUGGACGAGAACACCACCCUGGCCGACCUGCUGGCGCUCAACCUGCACGAGUUCGAGGACGAGGUCAAGAACAUCGUCGACAAGGCCGUCAAGGAGAUGUCCAUGGAGAAGGUGUUGAAGGAGCUGGACGCCACCUGGACCACCAUGGAGUUCGAGCACGACAAGCACGACAGGACUGGCCUGCAGCUGCUGCGCGCCUCCGAGGAGCUCAUCGAGACGCUCGAGGAUAACCAAGUCCAGCUGCAGAAUCUGAUGACAUCGAAGUACAUCAGCUUCUUCUUGGAGGAGGUGUCGACCUGGCAGAAGAAGUUGAGCAUGGCAGACCAGGUGAUCACCAUCUGGUUCGAGGUUCAGCGGACGUGGAGCCAUCUAGAGAGCAUCUUCAUCGGCUCGGAGGACAUCCGCCAGCAGCUGCCCGAAGACUCGAAGCGGUUCGACGAGAUCGACGCCAAGUUUAAGGUUCUGGUGACGGACAUCAACGUCACGUCCAACGUGGUGGGCGCCACCAACCAGGACGGCCUGUACGAGCGGCUGGACGAGCUGCAGGGCCAGCUGACGCUCUGCGAGAAGGCGCUGGCCGAGUACCUGGAGACCAAGCGACUCGCCUUCCCCAGAUUCUACUUCGUUUCCUCCGCUGAUCUGCUGGAUAUCCUCAGCAACGGAAACCAGCCGGAGCUGGUGGCCAAACAUCUGACCAAGCUGUUCGAUUCGAUGGCCAAGCUGAAGUUCAAGGAAGAGGGGGGCACGGUGGCCGUCGGCAUGUUCGCCAAGGACGGCGAGUACGUCGACUUCGACGAGGACAUCGACUGCGUCGGACCGGUGGAGCAGUGGCUGAACAAGCUGCUGGAGCGGAUGCGGUGCACGGUGCGGCACUACAUGACCGAGGCCGUCGUCACGUACGAGGACAAGCCGCGUGAACAAUGGCUGUUCGACUACCCGGCUCAGGUUUCGCUAGCCGGCACCCAGAUAUGGUGGACUACCGAGGUCAACAUCAGCUUCGGCCGACUGGAGGAGGGCUAUGAGAACGCGCUCAAGGACUAUAAUAAGAAACAGGUGAGCCAGCUGAACGCCCUGAUCACGCUGCUGGUCGGAGACCUGACGAAGCAGGAGCGUCAGAAGAUCACCACCAUCUGCACCAUCGACGUGCACUCCCGGGACGUGGUCGGCAAGCUGAUCACCACCAAGGUGGAGAGCAGCCAGGCGUUCAGCUGGCAGGCGCAGCUGAGGCACAGGUGGGAUGACGAGGCCAAGGACUGCUUCGCCAACAUCUGCGACGCCCAGAUCCGCUACAGUCACGAGUACCUGGGCAACACGCCGCGGCUGGUGAUCACGCCACUGACGGACCGCUGCUACAUCACGCUCACGCAGUCGCUCCACCUGAUCAUGGGCGGCGCUCCCGCCGGCCCGGCCGGUACCGGCAAGACGGAGACCACCAAGGACCUGGGCAAGGCGCUCGGCAUCAUGGUGUACGUGUUCAACUGCUCCGAGCAGAUGGACUACAAGUCGUGCGGCAACAUCUACAAGGGUCUGGCGCAGACCGGCGCCUGGGGCUGCUUCGACGAGUUCAACCGCAUCUCGGUGGAGGUGCUGUCCGUGGUGGCCGUGCAGGUCAAGUCCGUCCAGGACGCCAUUCGGGACAAGAAGGACAGAUUCAACUUCCUCGGCGAAGAGAUCCGAUGCAUUCCGAGUGUGGGCAUCUUCAUCACCAUGAACCCGGGCUACGCCGGCCGCACCGAGCUGCCCGAGAAUCUCAAGGCCUUGUUCAGGCCGUGCGCCAUGGUGGUGCCGGACAUCGAGCUCAUCUGCGAGAUCAUGCUGGUGUCCGAGGGCUUCGUCGACUCGCGCCUGCUGGCCCGCAAGUUCAUCACCCUCUACACGCUGUGCAAGGAGCUGCUGUCCAAGCAGGACCACUACGACUGGGGCCUGCGCGCCGUCAAGUCCGUGCUGGUGGUGGCGGGGUCGCUGAAGCGGAGCGAUCGAGGGCGGCCCGAGGACCAAGUGCUGAUGCGGGCCCUGCGCGACUUCAACGUGCCGAAGAUCGUGACCGACGACGUGCCCGUGUUCAUGGGGCUCAUCUUCGACCUGUUCCCGGCGCUGGACGUGCCCAGGAAGCGUGACAUGGACUUUGAGAAGUCGAUCAAGAAGGCGUGUGUCGACCUGAAGCUGCAGCCGGAGGACGGCUUCACGCUGAAGGUGGUCCAGCUUCAGGAGUUGCUGGACGUGCGACACUCCGUGUUCAUCAUCGGCAACGCCGGCACCGGCAAGACGCAGGUGUGGAAGACCCUGUUCAGGACGCACCAGAACUUGAAGCACAGGCCCUACUUCAAUGACCUGAACCCCAAGGCUGUCACCAACGACGAACUGUUCGGCAUCAUCAACCCGUCGACGCGGGAGUGGAAGGACGGCCUGCUGUCGACGCUGAUGCGAGACAUGGCCAACCUGACCACGGACGGGCCGCGCUGGAUCGUGCUCGACGGCGACAUCGACCCCAUGUGGAUCGAGUCGCUCAACACGGUCAUGGACGACAACAAGGUGCUGACGCUGGCUUCCAACGAGCGAAUCGCGCUGACGCCCAGCAUGCGGCUGCUGUUCGAGAUCGCCACGCUGAAGCACGCCACGCCGGCCACCGUGUCGCGCGCCGGCAUCCUCUACCUGAACCCGCAGGACCUCGGCUGGAACCCGUUCGUGAACAGCUGGAUUGAGACGCGCGAGAUCCAGUCGGAGAAAGCCAAUCUGAUGAUCCUGUUCGACAAGUACGUGCCCGGCUGUCUGGAGGUCAUGCGCACCCGGCUCAAGAAGAUCACGCCCAUCGCAGAGAUCUCCCAGAUCCAGAUGCUCUGUAAUCUCCUCGACUGCAUGCUGACCCCAGACGCCGUGCCGCCCGACUCCCCUAAGGAGCUGUACGAGCUGUACUUCUGCUUCUGCUGCGUGUCCGCCUUCGGCGCCAGCAUGUUCCAGGACCAGAUGACCGACUACCGUGUGGAGUUCUCCCGCUGGUGGGUCAACGAGUUCAAGUCGGUCAAGUUCCCUGCUCAGGGCACCGUGUUCGACUACUACAUCGACAAGGACUCGCAGAAGUUCGUGCCCUGGUCCUCCAACGUGCCGUCCUUCGAGCUCGACCCGGACAUGCCCCUGCAGGCGGUGCAAGUACCGACGCCAGAGACCACCCGGCUGCGCUUCUUCAUGGACAAGCUCAUGGAGAACCGGCACCCAGUCAUGCUGGUCGGGCCGCCCGGCUCCGGCAAGACGGUGCUCAUCAACGACAAGCUGGGCCAGCUCUCGGAGGACUACAUGGUGACCAGGGUGCCCUUCAACUUCUACACCACGUCCGAGAUGCUGCAGCGUGUGCUGGAGAGGCCGCUGGAGAAGAAGGCCGGCCGCAACUACGGCCCUCCCGGCAGCAAGAAGAUGGUAUACUUCGUGGAUGACAUGAACAUGCCCGAGGUGGACCUGUACGACACGGUGCAGCCACACACCAUGCUGCGCCAGCACCUCGACUACAACCACUGGUACGACCGCACCAAGCUGUCGCUCAAGGAGAUCCACAACGUGCAGUACGUGGCGUCGAUGAACCCGACGGCUGGCAGCUUCACCAUCAACCCGCGCCUGCAGCGUCACUUCGCCGUGUUCGCCACCAGCUUCCCCGGAGCCGAGUCGCUGCACACCAUCUACAAUUCAAUUCUGCACCAGCAUCUGAGUAACCCGCUGAACAAGUUCCCGCACCCGCUGGUCAAGACGUCCCCCGGCAUCGUGCAGUCGGCGUUCGCCCUGCACCAGAAGGUGUCGCAGACCUUCCUGCCCACCGCCAUCAAGUUCCACUACGUCUUCAACCUGCGCGACCUGAGCAACAUCUUCCAGGGUCUGCUGUUCUGCGACAAAGACUCGAUCAAGAUGCCGAUCGACCUGGUGCGGGUCUGGCUGCACGAGGCGGACCGGGUCUACGGCGACAAGCUGGUCGACGAGGAGGACGGCACCUCCUUUGGCAAGAUCCUCGUCGACAUGGUCAAGAAAGGCUUCGAGGAGAUGGACGACGCAGUGGUGAUGCAGAAACCCAACAUUUGGUGCCACUUCGCCAAGGGAAUCGGAGAUCCGAAGUACAACCAGAUCGGCGGCUGGCCGGACCUGUCACGCCUGCUGAAGGAGGCCAUGGACUCCUACAACGAGAUCAACGCCGCCAUGAACCUGGUGCUGUUCGAGGACGCCAUGAUGCACGUCUGUCGCAUCAACCGGAUCCUGGAGUCGCCGCGCGGCAACGCCCUGCUGGUGGGCGUGGGCGGCAGCGGCAAGCAGUCGCUGUCCAGGCUGGCGGCCUUCAUCUCCGGCCUCGAGGUGUUCCAGGUCACGCUCAAGAAGGGCUACGGCAUCCCCGACCUGAAGGCUGACCUGGCGGCGCUCUAUCAGAAGUCGGGCCUGAAGAACGUCGGCAUGGUGUUCCUGAUGACGGACAGCCAGGUGGCCGAGGAGAAGUUCCUGGUGCUCAUCAACGACCUGCUGGCCAGCGGCGAGAUCCCCGACCUCUUCCCCGACGACGAGGUGGAGAACAUCAUCGCCGCCGUCAGGAACGAGGUCAAGGCAGCGGGAAUGCAGGACACGCGCGACAACUGCUGGCGCUUCUUCAUCGACAAAGUGCGCCGCACGCUGAAAGUUGUGCUCUGCUUCUCCCCGGUCGGCACGACGCUCCGAGUCCGAGCUCGCAAGUUCCCGGCACUGAUCAACUGCACGAACAUUGACUGGUUCCACGAGUGGCCGGAAGAGGCGCUGGUGUCGGUGUCGCAGCGUUUCCUCAGUGAAGUCCGAGAGUUGCCGGAGCCCUUGACUGCGAAGUCUGCACAGUUCAUGUCUUUCGUGCACGUUUCGGUCAACGAGAUGUCCAAGGUGUACCUCGCUAACGACAAACGCUACAACUACACGACGCCCAAGUCCUUCCUGGAGCAGAUCGCCCUCUACAGUAAACUGCUGCGGUUUAACGUGGAGGACCUGACGUCCAAGAUUAAUCGUCUGGAGAAUGGGCUGGAGAAACUGAGGAACACCAGCUCCCAGGUGGACGAUCUGAAGGCCAAGCUGGCGUCGCAGGAGGUGGAGCUGAAGAUAAAGAACGAGGACGCGGACAGGUUGAUUCAGAUCGUCGGCAAGGAGACGGAGACGGUCACCAGAGAGAAGAACAUAGCCGACUCCGAGGAGAAGAAGGUGGGCGUCAUCACCGUGGAGGUGGGUAAGAAGCAGCGCGAAUGCGAGGCGGACCUGGCCAAGGCUCAGCCGGCGCUCAUCGCCGCCAAGGACGCCCUCGACACGCUCAACAAGAACAACCUGACUGAGCUGAAGUCGUUCGGCACGCCGCCGCCGGCCGUGGUGAACGUCACAGCCGCGGUCAUGGUGCUGCUCGCGCCGGGCGGCAAGGUGGCCCGCGACCGCUCCUGGAAGGCGUGCAAGGUGAUGAUGGCUAAGGUGGACGGCUUCCUGGACGAGCUGCGCAACUACGACAAGGAGCACAUCCACCCGGAUUGCCUCAAGGCCAUCAAGCCGUACCUGGCCGACCCGCAGUUCAACGCCGAGUUUAUCCGCUCCAAGUCGCUGGCGGCGGCAGGUCUGUGCGCCUGGGUGCUGAACAUCGUCAAGUUCUACGAGGUGUACUGCGAGGUGGAGCCCAAGCGCCUGGCGCUGGAGGCGGCCAACGCCGAGCUGGCCGCCGCCCAGGACAAGCUGGCCGAGAUCAAGGAGCGCGUCGUGGUACUGGAGGAGACGCUGGGAAAGCUGACGGCCGACUUCGAGGAGGCCACGGCGGCCAAGGUCAAGUGCCAGAAGGAGGCGGACGCCACGGCUUACGUCAUCGACCUGGCCAACCGGCUGGUGGGCGGUCUGGCCUCCGAGAACGUCCGCUGGGGAGAGAGUGUCGCCAGGUACAAAGAGCAGGAGACCACCAUACCGGGGGACGUGCUGCUGGUCACCGCCUUCAUCUCGUACGUGGGCUGCUUCACCAAGCAGUACAGGACGGAGCUGCUCGACAAACAGUGGUUCCCGCAGAUCACCAAGCUGGAGGUGCCGACCACGCCCGAGCUGGACCCGCUCUCGCUGCUGACGGACGAGGCGCAGAUCGCCACCUGGAACAACGAGGGUCUGCCCAACGACCGCAUGUCGGCGGAGAACGCCACCAUCCUCACCAAGUCGGAGCGCUGGCCGCUCAUGAUUGAUCCUCAGCUGCAAGGCAUCAAGUGGAUCAAGACCAGGUACGGCGCCGAGCUGAAGGUGAUUCGGCUGGGCCAGCGCGGCUACAUGGACGUGGUGGAGCAGGCCAUCAGCGCCGGCUCCGUCGUGCUGGUGGAGAACAUCGGCGAGUCGGUCGAUCCCGUGCUCGACCCGCUGCUGGCGCGCAACCUCAUCCGCAAGGGCAGCGCCAUCAAGCUGGGCGACAAGGAGGUGGAGUACAACCCGGAGUUCCGGCUGAUCCUGCACACCAAGCUCGCCAACCCGCACUACAAGCCCGAGAUGCAGGCGCAGACCACGCUCAUCAACUUCACCGUCACCAAGGACGGCCUGGAGGACCAGCUGCUGGCCGAGGUGGUGAAGGCCGAGCGGCCCGACCUCGAGGAGCAGAAGUACAACCUAACGAAGCAGCAGAACGAAUUCAAGAUUCUGCUGAAGAAGUUGGAGGAUAAUCUGCUGUCGCGUCUGUCUUCUGCCGGCGGCAACUUCCUGGGAGACACAGAGCUGGUGGAGAAUCUCGAGUAUACCAAGGCCACAGCUGCUGAGGUCCAAGACAAGGUGAUCGAGGGCCGCGAGACGUCCAUCCAGAUCGACGAGGCCCGCGAGCUGUACCGGCCGGCCGCCGCGCGCGCCUCACUGCUCUAUUUCAUCCUCAACGACCUGCACAAGAUCAACCCCAUCUACCAGUUCUCGCUCAAGGCGUUCAGCGUGGUGUUCCACAAGGCCAUGAGCAAGGCGGAGCCGGCGGAGGAGGUGAAGGACCGCGUGGAGAACCUGAUUGACAGCGUCACCUACUCGGUCUUCAUGUACACCACACGUGGUCUGUUCGAAUGCGACAAGCUCAUCUUCACCGCUCAGAUGGCGUUCCAGAUACUGUUGGAGAGCAAGGAGAUUCAUUACUACGAGCUGGACUUCCUGCUGCGCUUCCCAAUCACCCCGAACGUCACGUCCCCGGUGGACUUCCUCACCAACACAUACUGGGGCGCCAUCAAGUCCCUCAGCUCCCUGGAGGAGUUCAAGAACCUGGACCGCGACAUCGAGGGCUCGGCCAAGCGCUGGAAGAAGUUCUGCGAGUCGGAGUGUCCGGAGAAGGAGAAGUUCCCGCAGGAGUGGAAGAACAAGUCGGCGCUGCAGCGACUGUGCAUGAUGCGCGCCCUGCGGCCGGACCGCAUGACCUACGCCGUCCGAGCUUUCAUCGAAGAAAGGCUUGGAUUUAAGUACAUCGAGGGCCGAAGUGUGGAGUUCUCGAAGUCGUUCGAAGAGUCGGGUCCGUCCACGCCCAUCUUCUUCAUCUUAUCACCUGGCGUGGACCCAUUGAAAGAUGUGGAGAAGCUGGGCCGCAAGCUGCGCUUCACGUUCGACCACAAGAACUUCCACAGCGUGUCGCUGGGCCAGGGCCAGGAGGUGGUGGCCGAGAACGCGCUGGAGGUGGCCGCCAAGCACGGCCACUGGGUCAUCUUGCAGAACAUCCACCUGGUGAAGAACUGGCUGCCGCGACUGGAGAAGCGGCUGGAGACCAACAGCCAGUCGGGGCACAAGAAGUACCGCGUGUUCAUGUCGGCAGAGCCGGCGCCCACGCCGGACGCGCACAUCAUACCGCAGGGAAUCCUCGAGUCGGCGAUUAAGAUAACGAACGAGCCUCCUACGGGGAUGUUCGCAAACCUGCACAAGGCGCUGGACAACUUCACGCAGGACACGCUGGAGAUGUGCACCAAGGAGGCCGAGUUCAAGUCGAUCCUGUUCUCGCUCUGCUACUUCCACGCGGUGGUGGCUGAGCGUAGGAAGUUCGGGCCGCAGGGCUGGAACCGGCCCUACCCCUUCAACGUCGGCGACCUGACCAUCAGCGUCAACGUGCUCUUCAACUACCUGGAGGCCAACAGCAAGGUACCGUGGGAGGACCUGCGCUACCUGUUCGGCGAGAUCAUGUACGGCGGCCAUAUCACCGACGACUGGGACCGCCGGCUCUGCCGCACCUACCUCGAGGUUUACAUGCACCCGGACCAGCUGGAGGGCGACCUGUUCUUCGCGCCGGGCUUCGCCAGCCCGCCCAACUCCGACUACAAGGGCUACCACGCGUACGUGGACGAGAUGCUGCCGCCAGAGUCGCCCUACCUGUACGGCCUCCAUCCCAACGCUGAGAUCGGGUUUCUGACGGCCACCUCCGACAACCUGUUCCGCAUCGUGUUCGAGCUGCAGCCGCGCGACUCGGGCGGAGGCGGUGGCGUCACCACCACCCGAGAGGAGAAGGUCAAGCAGAUCCUGGACGACAUCGUGGACAAGCUGCCGGACGAAUUCAACAUGUCAGAGAUCAUGGGCAAGGUGGAGGAGCGCACGCCGUAUGUGGUGGUGGCGUUCCAGGAGUGCGAGCGCAUGAACAUGCUGACGGGUGAGAUCCGGAGGUCGCUGAAGGAGCUGGACCUGGGUCUGAAGGGCGAGCUGACGAUCACGGCCGAGAUGGAGGACCUGGGCAACUCGCUGUUCAUGGACGCCGUGCCGGCCUCGUGGACCAAGCGGGCGUACGCCUCCAUGCUGGGCCUCACCGUCUGGUACUCGGACCUGCUGCUGCGCGUGCGCGAGCUGGAGAGCUGGACCUCCGACUUCCAGCUGCCGGCGUCCGUGUGGCUGGCCGGCUUCUUCAACCCUCAGUCGUUCCUCACGGCCAUCAUGCAGAGCACGGCCCGCAAGAAUGAGUGGCCGCUCGACCGGAUGUGCCUGCAGUGUGACGUCACCAAGAAAAACAAGGAGGACUUCUCCUCGGCGCCGCGCGAGGGCGCCUACGUCCACGGCCUGUUCAUGGAGGGCGCCCGCUGGGACACCGGCGCCAACUCCAUCAUGGACUCCAAGCUCAAGGAGCUCUACCCUGUUAUGCCAGUUAUCUUCAUCAAAGCGAUGACCCAGGAUAAACAGGACACGAGGAACAUCUACGAGUGUCCCGUCUACAAGACGCGCAUGCGCGGUCCCACCUUCGUCUGGACGUUCAACCUGAAGACCAAAGAGAAGGCCAGCAAGUGGAUCCUCGCCGGGGUGGCUUUGCUCCUUCAGAUCUAGUCGAGAGACGCUCGCUGGCACGUGCUGCGGCAGCGGGUGGACGGGCACCGCUCGAACAUGCCGGUGCUAAGAAGAUGUCGUUUUUGUGUUGCUCGAUUAUCGGGUGACGCUCGGACUGAUCGAGUAAUCAUGGCGCCGAUUGACAGUAUCGAGGAGAUUUUGCGCUUCUUCCGCUGCGCUCCUACCGCAUGCAGAUAAAGAAUAAGUUGUAAAAGGUUAUCCCCUCCUAAGCCGCUGUUGAGACUGUGACGCUGCUCGUUUGUUAAAGCACGUGAUGAAAUUCCGUGUAGUCUUGUCCUUGUCGAGCACCGCGUUGCCGUCUUCGUUUUCCGAUGUAGCGAGCACCAGGAUGUGCGUCCUGCUCGGCAGGGUUAGCAGGGCGCCGUGUUUAGUAGGAUGGAGCUGGACGGUCCGAGUCUAAAUCAAAUGACGAAUAUA